AUAUCAAUCCUUAUUACUCAUAUUUGACUUCAUACGUUGACCAAUUGACAACCUCACAAACCAUAACAACACCACCCUCUCCCAUCUCUCAUUCCCUAAAACCUCCGAUCACCCACCGACUAACACUAAUAACAAAACAACCUUUGUCGUAUGGUGUUCCGAUCAUCAAACUUUCAAAUCUCAAUUUAAUGUAAUGUUUCAUAUUCAACAAAAAUUCAUAUAUUACUUAUCUGAACACCCAUCAAUCAUUAAUUUCCGAUGGAACCAUGCACAAUCAUGGGGUUCCACAUGGUCUUUUCUAUUCACUUCAAUCUCAUCUUACAUAUUUCUAUCCAUUUUUCUUAAUCUUGUUCUUUGCAAACGAAAAAAACCCGUCCCGUUGGGCCCAAUCCCAGCGGUCCAUUCCUUAACCAUGGCUCUGAUCUCGGUCACUGUAUUUAUAGGAAUACUGUUUUCAGCUGUGGCCGAGAUCAGAGAUACACGGUGGUUCUGGGGUAGAAACAGAACCACCGUAUUCCAAUGGCUACUUUGUUUUCCAUUAGGCACGCGCCCUUCUGGGCGCGUAUUUUUUUGGUCUUACAUAUUUUACCUAACACGGUUUCUUCACACAUUUCGCACGUUUAUAGUCAUUCUCCGUCAUAGGAAUUUAUCUUUUUUUCGUUUAUUUAAUAACUCGAUACUUAUAAUAAUGUCGUUUUUAUGGCUUGAAUAUUCUCAAUCGUUUCAAAUACUAGCGAUCAUGUUAACAACAUGUAUCUAUUCGGUGGUGUACGGAUAUCGAUUUUGGACCGCGAUCGGGCUAAGGAGCGCGUGUUUUCCGUUUGUUAUAAAUUGUCAAAUGGUUUUACUAGGUUGUAAUGUUUUAUGUCAUGUAGGUGUACUUAUGUUACAUUUGAUAAAAGGUGGAUGUAAUGGGAUGGGAGCUUGGGGGUUUAAUUCUGUUUUAAAUUUUGUUAUUUUGUCUUUGUUUUUAAAUUUUUAUGUAAAGAGUUAUGUGAAGAGUAAGAGAAAGAAGACGACGAAUGGUGGCGAUGGAUUCAAUAUCAAACAUGUUGAAAUCAUGGAAUUGAAUUGUACCAAAAGUAAAGAUAUUUGAUGAUUAGAAAAUAAGAGGUGAGUGUUUUACUUUUUGUA